GGAAGGGUUGAGAGCCACCGUCCUGGAGCAUCCUAGUAACACUUCUCUGUGGCUGCUCCAGUGUGAAUUCACUCCUGAGUCCCGCCUGGUUUUACUACUAGACCACACUCCUUGCUUUGAUCCGAGUAUCUUGCCAGCCUUCUGCUUGAACUAGGGGCUUGUCUGCUCUUAAAAUGCUGCAGCGGCACAGCUGUGGGACCGGGUGUGGAUUUUUCACAUCCCUGAGUGAUGUAGUUAUACUGACCUAAUUUCCUAGUGUAGACACAGCCUAAUAGACCACUGCUAGUGCUUGGAAGAGAAUGCAGGACUCCUGACUCCCUGAAGCUGCCAGAUCUGGGCAGUAGAAUCCGGGAGUCUUGACUCUCACUAGCCACUGGACAAUGUCCCUCACUUUAGGGGGUUACUGUGUAUGCUGAGUGGCUGCCUCACCCCAGCACCCACAAGGUCCUUUGAUGCCAUGACCUGGCCUGGCACAGAUCUGGUUUGGGAUGGGAGGUGUCUCUAAGAGCUUGUCUACACAAGGGGAAAUUGUUGCAGAGUAAGCCUGGCUGUGAAUUUAAAGCACAGUAGCUCUCCAGGUGGACGCUCUCAUUCCAGCAGGAGGGUGCCUUUUUCUGGCAUAGCUUAAUCCACUUCCAAUGAGAAGUGGGCUGCUUCGUAUUCCAAAUGAGCAUGCCCACAUGAGGUUAAAGCAGGUUAAAUUCACACCUUUUGUUAAUUCGGAUAAACUUUCCUGGGUGUCUCCCUGUAGGAAAGGCCUUAUUCUGGAACAAGAAUGUCCACCUGGGGGGCUAUUCUGGUCAACUACCCCAUGUAAAUAAGCUCUAACUCCUUGUGUGAGCACUCUUAUUCUGGAGGCAGGAUUGCCUAGUGGAUAGAAUACUGCACUGGGCUUCAGGAGAUCUGGCUUUGCCACCACCCUGCUGGGUGACCCUGAGCAAGUAAUUUCCCUGCCCUCUGUCUCAGUUUCCCCACCUGUAAAAUGGAGACCAUGAUACUGACCUCCUUUGUAAAGUGCUUUGAGAUCUACUGAUGAAGAGUGCCCCAGAAGAGCUAGGGAUUGCUGUUUAUUAUUUUUAUUCUGGAACAAGAGUGGCACUUCGCAGUUCAGUUUAAACCCCGUCCAAAGCAGCAAAAACUAAACUGCAAAAGGUGCUCAAAUUCCAGAAUACUCAUACGGGGAUUAUACCACUAUCAUUAGAGCUGUUUAAAUUCACAUCUGAACGCAGGGGGUUGGACUAGAUGACCUCCUGAGGUCCCUUCCAAUCCUGAUAUUCUAUGAUUCUAAGUACAUCUUGCUAUAACUUUUCCCUUGUGGACAAGCCCUUAUUUUAAACAUUGCCUGUUCUUCCAGGAGCCUCUGCUCCUUUAAAUAAUCAAAGCAGGGGGCUGGCCCUAUUUUGCCUAGCCGCUCCCACUCCCCCAUCUCCUACUUCCCAAGGAUAUUUGAGCCGAGAUCCGUGGGAGUGACUCAGACUGUCAGUACCAGAGAGGCAGACGCAGACGUGGGGAAGGCAGCUCCAGAGAUCUGAGUCACCGACCCGUGUUCCCGUCUCUCUGCCAGGCUGUGAACCGCGAUGGACACCCCAUCUCAGAAGAGGGCCACACGGAGUGGGGCGAGUGGCACCCCGCUUUCUCCAACCCGCAUCACCCGCCUGCAGGAGAAGGAGGAUCUGCAGGAGCUCAACGACCGGCUGGCCGUCUACAUUGACCGGGUGCGCUCGCUGGAGUCGGAAAACGCAGGUCUCCGGCUGCGCAUCACCGAGUCCGAGGAGGUGGUGAGUCGCGAGGUGUCGGGCAUCAAGUCGGCCUACGAAUCGGAGCUGGCGGAUGCCCGCAAGACCUUGGAUUCCGUGGCCAAGGAGAGGGCUCGACUGCAGCUGGAGCUGAGCAAAGUGCGGGAGGAGUUCAAGGAGCUGAAGGCACGGAAUGGCAAGAAGGAAGGGGACCUGCUGGCCGCACAGGCUCGCCUCAAGGACCUGGAGGCCCUGCUCAACUCCAAAGAGGCCGCGCUCACCACCGCCCUGGGGGAGAAGAGGAACCUGGAGAAUGAAAUCCGGGAGCUGAGGACACAAGUGUCCAAGCUGGAAGCCGCCCUGGGCGAGGUGAAGAAGCAGCUGCAGGAUGAGAUGCUGCGUCGGGUGGACGCCGAGAACCGUCUGCAGACGCUGAAGGAAGAACUCGACUUCCAGAAGAACAUUUACAGCGAGGAACUUCGCGAGACCAAGCGUCGCCAUGAGACCCGCUUGGUGGAGAUCGACAACGGCCGCCAGCAGGAGUUUGAGAGCAAGUUGGCUGAUGCCCUCCAGGACCUGCGGGCCCAGCACGAAUCCCAGGUCAGACUGUACAAGGAGGAGCUGGAGAAGACCUAUGGCUCCAAGCUGGAGAACGCCAAGCAGUCGGCGGAGAGGAACAGCAGCAUGGUGGGCGCCGCCCACGAAGAAUUGCAGCAGUCGCGGAUCCGCAUCGACAGCCUGUCGGCCCAGCUCAGCCAGCUGCAGAAGCAGCUGGCUGCCAAGGAGUCGCAGCUGCGGGACCUGGAGGACGCGCUGGCCCGGGAGCGGGAGACCAGCCGACGCAUCCUGUCCGACAAGGAGCGGGAAAUGGCGGACAUGCGGGCCAGGAUGCAGCAUCAGCUGGAUGAGUACCAGGAGCUGCUGGACAUCAAGCUGGCCCUGGACAUGGAGAUCCAAGCCUACCGCAAGCUGCUGGAGGGAGAGGAGGAGAGGCUGAGGCUGUCUCCAAGUCCCAGCUCCCAGAAGCGGGGCUCCAGGAUCCAUGUGAGCCACUCCUCCACACCAGGCUCCUCCAAGAAGAGGAAGCUGGAGGACGGGGAGCGCCGGACGAGCUUCUCCCAACAUGCGAGGACCAGCGGUCGUGUGGCCGUGGAAGAGGUUGAUUUGGAAGGGAAAUUUGUCCGUCUCAGGAACAAGUCCAACGAGGACCAGGCGAUGGGGAGCUGGCAGAUCAAGCGUCAGAAUGGAGACGAGGCCCCCAUCAGCUACCGCUUCCCUCCCAAGUUCACCCUGAAGGCCGGCCAGGUGGUCACGAUCUGGGCUUCUGGAGCUGGUGCCACCCAUAGCCCUCCCACUGACAUGGUGUGGAAGGCCCAAAGCUCCUGGGGCUCUGGAGACAGCCUGCGAACCGCCCUGAUCAACUCCAGUGGAGAGGAGGUGGCUAUGAGGAAGCUGGUGCGCACGGUGAUCAUCAAUGACGAUGAGGAGGAUGAUGAUGACGAAGUCAGCGUCCACCACCGUCACCACCAUGCCCACUGCGGUGGCACAGGUGAUCCUGGCGAGUACAACCUGCGCUCCCGCACUGUGGUGUGCAGCACCUGUGGCCAGCCGGCAGAGAAAGCCAGCGGGGGCCAGAACGUCGCGGCUGGCUCCAUGUCCUCGGAAUCGUCCGCCUCCAGCCUCACCAUCACCCGCAGCUACCGCUCCCUUGGGGGCACUGGUGGGGGCAGCAGCGGCCUUGGGGAAAACCUGGUGACCAGGUCCUACAUCCUGGGUAACUCCAACCCACGCAGUCAGGGUCCUCAAAACUGCAGCAUCAUGUAACCAGCAGAGGGUGCUCUCCUUGCUGACAACCUGCCAUAUCAUGCUAUUCCCCCCACCCCCGCCCAAGGCUAGAGAACCAUUUCCCCCCCCCUUUUUAAAACAAAGGAGGGUUUUUUUGUGUUUUUUCUACAGCAGAAAUUUUAUAUAUAGAUAUAUAUAUAAAAAUGCUAAAAGAUGCUUUGAUUUUUUUUUAAGAAAAAGUCUAUUUCUAUAAAACAAAAAAAGCUUUUUCAGCUUCUAAAUUUUUUUAAAAACUAAAACCAAAGAGGUGAAAGAAUUGUGGCUACCAAAAAAAAGAGAAGGGAAGAAAAAAGAAAGAUUGUCGUUUAAUAGCUUUCUAGAUGUAUUUUUUGGCCAAAGCUUCUUAUGUAAGACUAGCUGCUGUAAAGCCACCAGAGCUGAAAUGCUGACCGCUGUUUCCCAGGGGCCGCGUUGCUCUCAGAACCAUGCACUUAGACCCGAUGACAAAGCUCACUUGAAGUCAGUGGGCCUCACGCUGAUGUCCGUGAGCUUUGGUUCAGGCCCAGAAUCCUUUAGGAGGAGGAAUCAUCAGGCCUGUUUCUCAUAUACGCUAAGGCCCUUUUACGUCACUCUUUACAGUGGGAAGGGGCCUUCCAGUGGAUGGAACUGUAACUUACGAGCACUGCGGAAAAAAGACCUUGGUACAUUUCACCCAGUGGGCCUGAUUCUCACUGACAGCUCUGUGUCAGCUUCACAUUCUGUUUAAUCGCAUGGGGGCAUUAUUUUAAGCGCUCUCCUUUUGUCCCAUUUCCUCUGCUUAACUGCUGUUCCCCGACCAGCUGCUGCACUGCUAUAGCCAUGGGAGAUGCUGAUGAGUUUAAUUUUCGUACUGUACUGCUGUUAUUCAAUUACACUUCUUUUUCUUCUAAAGGCAGCCAAGUCGUGCCUUAAAGGGUGAUACUGAUUGGGUGAGCUUAAUCAGAAAGGGAGAUGAUAGAGGAACGAGGAGCCCGGUUUAGAGAGCUUGAUAGCCCAGGAUCCAGUUCAGAGACCAAGGGCAGAGCGAUCAGGGAGACGGAAAGAGAGACAGUUUCGGAAUGUGCUUGUUCUAAGCGUGGGACCAGAUAUCGACACCAGCCCUGACCAGAGCAACCUUUAAGGUUUCCAAGAGGCUGAGCAAAGCAGGUUGGGUUGUGGGGUUUAUUCUCAGUUAACGUGAGCCAGAUCCUCAGCUGGUGUGAAGCCUGCCUACCCCCGUUGCCUUACCGGAACUCACUGUCACCAACUGAGGCUAGGCUGUGUGUGAUCACGGUUACACUAGAUGCUUCUUCUCCACCGCAGGUAUGAUCCUGCGCCACACCCCACCCCUUCUGCUGACUUCAGUUGGAGUUUGGGGGGGCACACUGGGGGGCAGGGUCAGACCCCAAGUCCACUAAGGAAUUGGGGGCUCACAUGGUUUGCAGGAGGACAGGUCUCCUCUCCACUCUGUAUUACACUAACUGAUUUGUUUUGGAGGCCUGUCUGAGCCCGGGAUGGAUCAAGACGGCUCAACAAGAUCCAUCCAGUCCAUUUGUCCUGUUGUGCUCAGUGGCUUUUGUUUUCCUGCGUGACACUGUCUGAGCCCACCGCAUGCCCCUCCUCCACCAUAGCUGGGUGGGGGAGCCCAGGGCAGCUCAGAGCAGAGCAGCGUAGAGUUGUCCAGUCAAUGUUGUGUUGGAAAAGUGUUGCCUUUUAAAAUCCAACACUAAAAUAAAACCACCGCAAUCCCCGUAUCUAUUGAUCUUAUUGUCGUGGAGCCGCUACCACUGGCCAAGGCUUGUACCCACUACAGCGCCCGUCCUCUGCCCCGCCACCUCCCUUCAGCGUCACCCACCUUGAGCCACUCUGCUGGGUGCCGAUCUCUGUUCCGCAGGGGACGUCCCGGCUUUGUCACUGUUAAGGUUUGGUUGCUGUAGGUGGAUCUGGCAAGGCCUUGUACUGUUAAUUGGAAAUGUUGCAAUAUUUCUGUUUUCCAAAAUCAAUACACCAGAGAACCUA